CAAUGAGUGUAAGGUGUUCCCCAGAAUGUGUGUCCAUGGAAAGUGUCGCAACACCAUAGGCAGUUUCAGGUGCCACUGCGCCGGAGGAUUUUCCCUCGAUAUGGAAGAACGCAACUGCACAGACAUAGAUGAGUGUCGUAUCUCUCCGGACCUGUGUGGCCAAGGGGUUUGUGUCAACACUCCGGGUAGUUUUGAGUGUGAGUGUUCCGAGGGCUAUGAGAGUGGCUUCAUGAUGAUGAAGAACUGCAUGGACAUAGACGAGUGUGAGCGGGAACCGUCCCUGUGUCGUGGGGGGUCUUGUGAGAACACAGAGGGCAGCUACGAGUGUGUUUGCCCCCAGGGACACCAGCUCACUGUGGACGGGGCAGCGUGCGAGGAUUACAACGAGUGCGAGCAGAGCGUCAGCUUGUGUCGGAACGGCCAGUGUGUGAAUGUGGCCGGUACCUACCACUGCUCAUGUGACUCUGGUUACCAAGCAACUCCUGACAGACAGAGCUGCAUAG